CGAAUUCAUUCACUAACAUGUCACCCAUUCAUAAAAACGUCAGCAGCUACGAAGCCUGCCGUUGGUCGACUUAAAGCGCGUGUUCGUUAGAUCUCAGUGUUCUGUAGUCACAUUACUCAGUAGCGUCUGUAGGGCGAUAAAGUGUAAGGUUUGGUUGCAAAAUUAAGUAUUUGUUUCUGAUUUGUACGUUGUCAUUUCACCCAAAUAAUUUUUUGUUUACUCAGUAAUUAUUGAGUUUCUUCUAGUUUUGAAAAAGCUGUUUGAGAAAAGUUUAUCUGAAUCUAAGGUGAUACUAGGCUUUUGCUUGCUUGGCUAGGAGCCAAGUGAUAAUAAGCAGUUUACUCAUUGCUGUAUUCAAGCAUUUGACCUCGAACUCUUAACGAUUCUCGUGUUUUUUACAGAGCCUGUAUCUACUGUCUCUGUGGUGUUUCAAAAUAAUCGUCCGUGUAACAAACAGUAAAGAGAACAGUUCAAGCCGCUGGCAUCUGUAUGGAUACAAGAAGAGUCAAUAGCUGAGCUGUGGUACAUGGCUCAAAAUGGCGGAGUGCCACCGUCUGCAAGUCUCCUGGCUCAGCCGGGGUUCCCGGCGGCACGUGCACAGCAACCGCCGUCGGCUCUCGUGCAAAGUGAUUUUGUUACUUUAGGACAUCCAAGGCCAGGAGGCGUUCGAAAAGAAAAUGUGUAUACAGACACACCACUGAGAGCUGAGAAGGAUGAUCAUAAGGUAUCAGUCCAUCUUCCAGUCCCUUCCCAAGACAGGCGAAUAAUUCAAGCUCAGGCAAGUAAUAAUAUCAAUCUAGGCCUAACGCGGAAUUCAUCUCAGAAUUUUGGGCUUCUCAGAUCACAGCUACCUGUGACAAAACAACCAACUGUGACCUCUUUCAAGAAGGAAAAACUCACAGAUGUACCAAAUGAUACCUCUGACAGUUCAGAAGAUAGUCACGCUGAGUCCAUAAUUUGUCACGAAUGUCGCAGGUGUAAGUGCGAAUCUUGUCGCAAACCUCGGUCUCUCCCUUCCAAAUGGAUUUGUAAAGACAAGUACCUGUGUUCGGCGGACUCCGUUGUGGAUUGUUGUUCAUGCAUGUGUUGUGUGAAAGGUGUGUUUUACCAUUGUGCAAAGGAUUAUGAGCUAGACAACGAUGUGCCCUGUGCAGAUGAGCCAUGCUCCUGUCACCCUCAACAGAGGUGUCAGAGAUGGGCAAGUUUAGGAGUGCUCUCUGCUUUGUUACCUUGUUUACUUUGUUACUGGCCAUUGAAAGGUUGUGUUAAGAUGUGUGAAAUGGGAUAUAGUCGAUUGUCGAGUCCAGGAUGUCGAUGUGUCCCUCGACGAACAAUUAGGUCCCUUAGUGCAGAGAAAGCGCCAGAAAAGGGUCUUUUAGACACCAACUCGGACUGCUAACUUCCACAGAAGCUGGACGGGUUUUGAAGUGGAAAAAAAAAAUGAUGUAACGAAUAGUGUGAAAAUAUUAGCGACUACUCGAGCAGUUUGUCCAACCGGUGGAAUUGACAACAUUGAGUCCAGAGGGUCGUCGUUUAAUGCGUUUUCCACGGUUCCAUUUGAAGGGGUAACACAGCUUUGCAAGAACCAUGGUCAUCAGUCAGUUGAGUGCGUGUGUCCAUGUGCUUGUGUAGUUUGUGUAAAGAAGCUGUUGUAACAAAUUCGAAAAGGAUUUCCUUGCUUUACGGUUUCAGUAACGUUGAGGAUUUGAACGUAAGAGAAUUAACUUCACUUGGAAAAUUAAGAACAACGAACAAAAGCUCAGGAAAUGGGGGCAGCGCAUGAAGGAAUCAGCUCCUACAGAAUUUAAUCGUUCGACUGGUUCUGGGGAAGGGGAGGUAAUUUGUGUCCCUACGAAAAGCCAUUGACUCUUGUGGAUCGUUCUUGCAGGGUUGUUUUGUGUGGAUAGAGGAGAGAGCUCUACCCUCUACAUAACGAUCAUAGCUUAGAAUGGCACCUCGAUUACUAUCCGCCGCCGUCCAUAAUUUUGAACUACUAGUCAGAAGAAAACAACUAGCCAGUUGAACUGACUAGUGGUAGAGGAAAGACAGUCAGCCAGUUGAACCACUAGUCAGAGGAAAGACAGCCAGCAGUACCCUACCAUCCACACUAAGGAAUUGACUGUCACUCUUAUAAGAAAUCCACGGCUUAAAGUGCAGGGAAUAUUUUGUGAUAUCGAAUACUCGAACCGGGUUUGCCAGCUCCGAAAUCCAGAGUUCUACCACAAGGCUAACACACAUCUGCUAAUGUAUUGAAGGAUCGAGUUCUACUUCCAAUUUUUCAUUUCUUAUUAUUUUCGUGCUUAUCAGCGAUUGGAUGAGCUUGCCCAGAUAACGAUACUUUUGGUGAGUGAUUAGAAUUCUGCAGAUGUAGAAAAGAUGUUCAGUUCACUAACGAAAUUUUAAACUAAUUAUUUUAUUCCACUAUAGUGAAAAAGUUCAGAAUCAUGUCAGUAAUCCUUUACUUAUAUCAAGAUGAUAAAAAAGCUGAACUUUCAAGACAAGUGAUAUCAACGUCGUUUUUAAAAUCGAAGGUCAUCUUAUUAGUAUAUUUAAAACUAUUGACUCCCGAUUCUGUUUGUUUUCCAGUUGAAUGAAGCUUUCAAGAUGAUAUAAAACUCGUGACGUAACAUCGUGGGAAGAAUUACAGCAAGCAAUUAAGAAAUAUCGCAAUAUUGAAAUCAGCAACGAUAAGCAAAUGGCAUUGCAUUAUGAUGAAAGAUUUUCAAAUUCACCUAAAUAUCCAUAUAGCCUAGUCAGGAAAAAAAAACGACAACCAUACCUUAAUUUACAAAGGGAGAAUCUGUGCUUGCACAUCAAUACUCGUCCAGACAACUAUAAAAUUUUGGUGAACUUUUCCAGUUUCUGACCAUAUGUCAAGAGUGGUAUUUCAUGACCAGGAUGGUUGUUGGGUGGAGGGUUUGCUGAGGGACAGGCGGGUCCCGUGUGCAACUUCCUGUCGCCGAGGGCGGUGACUGUUGGCCGUGGAGGGUGCCAAGUGGCGCGUGCUCGCCCGCUGUUCUUCCAAGCAACCGGAUUUCCCGGGACUGCCUGGAAUUGAGAUCUUGUUUAUGCAAAAGUUGCUUUUAGGCGUAGAUUUUGAAAAAUAGGUGUAACAGUAAUUUUUAUGCUUUUUAUACAAACGUAAUCAAAUAUAAAAACAGUGACUUUUUAAAAUAUGUUGUCGUUUUCGCAUGUCGUAAUAUUAAAAAGUCAAAUGUUUCAUUUAUGUUCGUAAUGAAUCAUAAUUAAAUAUUAAAGCACAAAACAUAGCCAUGCACUAAAUACAAGAUAUUGUAGAACCUUGAAAGUUAUUUUUCAUGAAGUUCAUGAUUAUUCUUACAGAAAUGUCUAUUAUAUUUGUUUUCACAGCGACGAAUAUUAAAGUGGGGAGUCAGUGCAGAAGUAGCUCGUACAAACCUUGGUGAUAUUCUGAGGCUUACGUCGCCAUUACAUCACCAGAUAACUUACACACCCUGAACGUAGAGCAGAUGAGGCGAUAGAAGCGUGGCAGACACACCAUUUCGUUCUGUGUUAGGACUAGCAUGUGGUGAGCAGCCAAGGAGGAGAUGAUUGAGAGAGAUACUGGGGAGGUGGGGGGAGAGCUAAUGCAAGGGGCUAUGUGUUUCUAACAAUCUCUGCUUACAGGAGUAGCAUGCAUACCGGGAGAAACUAAGCGAUUGCCUGUAUUCUUAAAAACGUUGAUGUCGUUUUUGAGGGCACAAGUAUCUAAUUAAUUAUUUUUUUAUGUACGGUUAAGAUACUCGUCUUUGAACAGAAAUUCGGGGUAAUAUACAAGUAUUGUUAAAGUAAAAAUAUAACACUGUAUUUUAAUCAGACCUUGUUUGCGUUAGAAAAGGUAAACAAGACAUACAGAUGUUUGUCAAAGUGGAUUAAAUAUAUUUAGUACGUCACAAUUUUUCUUCAGUUACAAUUAGAGACGCCCCCCCCCAGUGCCACAGCGGUAUGUCUGCGGACUUACAACGCUAGAAUCCGGGUUUCGAUACCCGUGGUGG